UUAUCACGCUACUUUGACGGUAGCGUGAUAUGGACAAGGAAGGCGACUUAACUGAAGAUUUCGACGGUCCAAGCCUGCUGUGUGAGGACCUGGAAGAUCUGGAAACAAAGGGCACUAAAGAGAAGAUGAGCAGAGGAAGGGAAGAAGGAGAUGAGAAUGCGUUAAAUCAGAGAGAUAAUGACGAGACGAGAGGGGAGACGGCGCAUGAAGAGAGGAACGAGGGGGAGAAAAAUGGAAAAAAUAAAGUUGUUGUGUCAGAGAAGGAACUGAUGGAGACGAAGGAAGUGGAGCAGGUGAAGCCUGAGAGGAGCCUGCAAGCGGAGGAUGAGGCGGCAGCACAGGAUGUUAAGAAGCAAGAUAAAGAGACCGAGAUUAGCAGUGAAACAAUUGUUGAUAAGCGAGCGAGAAAAAAUAAAAAAGUUACAGAAAAGAAAACUGUGCAGAAAAAGAGCAGGAAGAGGCGAGGCAAGAAACAAAAUGAGCACGUGAAAACCAGGAAAGGUGGAAAGAAGGUUGUCGGUGUGAUGUUGGAGGAGGAAAAGAAAAGCGGGACCCAGGAAGUCUCAGUGACGGCGUCAGAGGAGAGCUCAAUUCAGUUUGAUCCCUCAAUAGGCCUGAUUAGUAGCUGUGAGUUGUCUGAUUCCGUUUAUCUGGGUAUGGAGACAACUGGGCUGUACUGUCCCCCGGUCCCUGUUCCAGUGCUGUAUCCGGCCCAGCCACCAGUCCCGAUCCAGUCUGCAGCGCCGCCAUCACACGGUGGGACAAAACGACCCCACAGCCCCUCUCAGCCUCACUGUCUCCCCCAGAAGAGCCCCCAACCGCUCCAGAUAGAGAUAAGUGAAGUGUACUCCACCCGACGCUCCAUCCGAUACAGCAACAGAGGCCGAGGUCGGGCGCUCAGCUGUCCUCUGCCGUCAGGGUCCGAGUUGUUGGACUGCGUCCCACUACCACCUGCCCCGAGGAAGAAGACACGGACGCUCUACAGUACAGACCAGCUGGAGCAUUUAGAGGCGUUGUUCCAGGAGGAUCACUAUCCUGAUGCAGAGAAGAGGAAAAUUAUUGCUGCAUCAGUUGGUGUCACCCCUCAGAGGAUUAUGGUUUGGUUUCAGAACCGCAGGGCGAAGUGGAGGAAAGUGCGUUCAAUUACAGCUAAGGCUGAAACUGCACUGAGCAGAGAUGAACACAGUUCAGUACCACAGAUUGCCUCUGCAGCUGCUUUUCCCACACUGUCCACUCAAACGCCAUCCUCCUUCAGUAGUCUGUUGGAGAGUCUCAACAGCCCAGGUCAGAGUAGAGGGAGAGAAAUGAGCUCGGGGAAUUUGCCAGAGUAUCAUCAGCCCCGUCCCAUGCACAGCCCUCCCCCCCUGCGACGAGCCAGCCUCCCUCAGUUUCCUCCUGUGUUUAACUCCGUCACACCGACUCUGUCUCUCCUCAACACCCCAGCCCACACCCCACCCCUGUUUCUCGAUGCUCUGGAGAGCGGUGCCUCGUUGGCUCAUUUCGACACCCAGUCUCACCAGAAUGACACCAGCUUACUCUUUGACUUUGCGGAGAAGCUGAGCCAGCAGAGCAACUCCUUGUCUUAUCAGCUUCAAAACUCCUUUCCAACCAGCCAGCAUCAGCCUCAAACAUCUGUACCCCACAUGGCCUACCUUACUCCAUCACCCUACCUCACCCCCAACCCUCCAGAUUCCAACCCUACCACCUACCUUACGUUUGGACCUGGAGGAAGCUCGGCUAGACUGGUCACAUACUCAACAGGUGGUCACACCUUCUUUCAGUCCCAGAGGACCGGACAGAUCCUGCUGCAGCCAACCGGCCACCAUGGUGGGGUGGCUUCGUACCAGUCGUAUCCGUGGAGUAACUUGUACAGUCAGCCGGGCGUCCACCAGCGCACCCAGUGUCCCUCCACCUUCUCAGCCAGCUUAGGAUCCGUUCGAGACCUCCAGACCCCCUCUACCUCCAGCCUGCCUGUCCAUCCUGGCUUUCAGGUGGGGGAGCAUAACCCUUCACAUACAAACUUGCAGCAAGCAGCAGAGACCCAGUCACACAUUCCCACCAGCACCACCGUCCUCCCACCAGUGUCCACUCUGCGACCCUCCUGUCUCAGAGCUGAGACUACUCCGACCAGUUCUUCGUCGCUGCUUCCCUCUCAGGUCAGCUCCACAUCUCCUCAAAGCCCUUCAGCACCCUCUUGUGUUAAAUUGGAGUAUGACAGCCCUCGAGAGAUUCACAGUCACUUCCACUGUGAUUUCUCCCCAAUACAGUUUUGAAUCCGUGUUUGAGUUUCCCUUGUGUGUAAAUAGUGUAACAUUUUUGUAUAUUUGGUAUUAUUAAUAUAAUCUUCUCAGUGGAAAUGUUUGUGUCUUAAUACUCUGUUGGGCUGCGUAAAGCUCAGCUCCAGUAAAUACAAAUGGAAAGGUUCAUCUUAUGUGCUUAAAUUGCAUUUAAAGCAGAUCUGCUAACAAAUCAUAUACAUUUUUAUUCAAGACAGUUUUGUUUUGGACUUUAAGUGCACAACUUGGUUAUUAUCCUGUAAAUCUUAGCAAGCAUGCACAAGUUUCCUUAUUUAUCUUGGGUACUAUAAAGGCAGAUUGGUACUGAGCUAGGACAUGUUAAAAAAGAAAGGUGUAAACAAAUACAAAAGUAAAACCUUAUUUUGUUCUGUUUUUAUUUUAUUCAGAUUUAAAAUAAGAUGUAGGAUGGUUCCAUGCCCAUUUUUGAAAGUUUACAUAAUCUACUAUGGUGUGAGGCAAAGUGGUUGGCAAAAAAGAAGUUAUUUUGUAGAAGUAAAUACAUUUUUCAUAUAAACGGUAAAGCCCUAGUGACCUAACCGGAUCAGAAAAUAUAGCUUUCUUGUCUCCACAAGUAAACUAUAUAUUUACUUUAUUUACUCUGCAAAUUUCACAAACCUGGAGCAUUUAACCCAGUGGGUACAAUCUUAUGAGUUUCUAUGUAUGAAGUAUGAUUUAUGUGUAAUGACAGCAUCAC